CUACAACACAACAGGUCUCUGCUAUUGAUACAGCUUACGGAUACACAUAUUAGAUAUGCUAAGCAGAGUUCAUCCCACCACUAGUUGAUGCAUUAUCAUCACUUACCCGAUCGGAACAUUGGCUGUGUUGGGAAUGUUAUUGCCACGCGAUACUUCGAGACGUGAACCACUAUGGCAUUUCAGGUGAAGGACCCUGCCAAAGCGCAGCGAAUGAACAUUGCGACCAAUCUCUGGGUGGCUCGAAUAAUACCAUUGAUACUUGCAGGAGUCGUUGGAUACGCCACGUACGUGCUGGUGGUCGUUCUGUGUAUUAACUAUCUCCUCGUUAAGCAUGAAAACAAAUCGGCGGCUAUAAUAAUUCUUGUCAUAUAUUUUUUGUUGUUCAUGCUCAUGGCAGCCUCCUUUUUUCGCCUUGUCUAUAUAACCACUUUUGACCCUCCGCUCGUCCCAUUGGGGCCCAGUGCCAUUCAAAAACGCAAAACAAGCAGUAGAAGUGGAGGGGAAAAGAAGCUACGCGGUGGAAUUGGUGGGGGCGAAUACGAUACCAGGGAUAGCUCAGGAGACACUUCGAGGAAUGUGGAUAAUCCCCAGCAUGAUCCAGACUCACCAGGAUUGGAACUGUUCUACACGAAAGACGUGUUUGUAUGUGAGCUAGACGGAAAACCAAAAUGGUGUUCAUAUUGUAUGAAUUGGAAGCCAGACCGCGCGCAUCAUUGCAGCACCAGUGGGAGGUGCAUCAAGAAAAUGGACCACUUCUGCCCAUGGGUAGGAGGCCCUGUUGGCGAGAAUAAUAUGAAGUUCUUUAUUCAAUUCAACGCCUAUACUGCAAUUUACUGUUUGCACUUGCUGGUGGUGAUGGCGAUCUACGUUGCAAAACAGCGAUCAUCAAAGGUCGAAAGGGUCAGCGCUGAAAUGGUUGUGAUAUUAGGACUCGCUUGCUUUUUCUUCUCAUUCACAGCUGGUAUGGCUGGAUCGUCCAUUCACCUUGCUAUGUGGAACUUGACGCAGGUCGAAGAUCUCGGAAUCAAAACUAGAAUUCACACACUGGCCGUCAUCAAGCCCUCGUACGAUAGGCUACUCCAAAUUAAUCCGAGGCUUGCAUCGCAACCGAUAUAUGCCGAGAUCACAUACCCCCUAGGUGCCGGUACUCCACCUCCUCCAGGUCGUUCCCAUGGAUCUGGUAUUCCGAGUAUCAAGGCGAACUCGCACUUAGGACAAUGGCGUUCUAGCCCAGUUGCUCCAAGGCUCGACUCAGCUUUCCAGCCUCCAAAAACAUUGGGCUCCUCAGAUCCUCCCACAGCUAUAGAUUCGUCUAAUGCACCAGCAGAUUUUCCCAUGGUACCUUCUGCACAGCAAAACACCGCUUCCCAAGCGGAGGCUGUUGUGGGAACAUCAAUGGUUUCAUCAGGUUCUCCUCCCGGCACCGAAGCUACAAGUAAUAAGGAGAACCUCUCGGAGAGAGAUCUCAAGGCUACGAGGACAUUCGGCAUAUUAAGCAUGCCAGACGUUGGGCAAAAUCCUUGGGAUUUGGGCAGUGCCUUAUUGAAUAUGAAAAGUGUUAUGGGAGAUAGUAUACUUGACUGGUUCUUGCCAUUUCGGAGGAGCCCAUGUUGCAAUCAUGAAAGCACGGAAAGUCAUUAUGCCAUCGGUCCUUACGUGGAAAAUGCCCGAAAGUACGCAGGCUUUGUUGAGGACCCUGCGAAUCAAAAUACCAGCCAGAAUGCUCCUAUGAGAAGACGCAAACAUAGACGUCGUAGGUCUCGGUCCGGAAAAGAACAGGCCAGUCUCGGACCAAAUGGCGACGUUGAGAUGGACAAGCUCAAGGAAGAGACACCACAGAGUGGUGCCGAGAGCGGAACCACUGGUAAUGGGGAAGGGCGAUCAUGAUUAUACGAAGGAUUAUUUCUGAACUUUCUUUGUACAAAGUAUUGGCGUAUUUAGUAAAUGCUGGUUUGCAUGGUUGAGGGUAGGCGCUUGUAUACACAUGAUCGGCUGGGUCUCUGCAUAUCACGAUGACGAGGACCAAUAGAGUAACAAGGAGGACAUUGGGUGUAUGAGUAUAACAAUAUAAUCUCACGAAGCUGCCUUUCUGACAGGCAUAGCACUGCCAUCAAAUCCCAAGGUCUGGUAACGCUGGGAAGUGUCGAAAUACCGACCUUGUUGACUUUUCCAUGUAUCUUGGAUGCGUUUAUCAUUCAAAAACCAAGUGGGUCAAUCAAAUGAGACGCAGAAAAUAAGCAAAUUUAGG